UAGAAGAAAAUGGUGGAGCUUGGAAGCCUGGUCUCUGAGCUGAAUAAACAGGCGAGAAGUUGGUGCUCCCAUUGACGGUGUCAUCUUUCUGGCCCUGUCUCUAUAAAAGCGCCUUAUUUGGGAACAUCAAGUGUGCUAAAGGAUUAUAUUCUGAGUCUGGAAAAGGACCUAGGAGAAGAUCUCACCGUUAAUGUCAGCGUACUCCCGAAUUUCCUGCAGCUCUGCAGUGUGCGUGUACCAGCUGCCUCCAGGCCAACUACACGUGUGAGACAGAUGGGGCCUGCAUGGUUUCCAUUUUCAACCUGGAUGGGAUGGAGCACCACGUGCGCACCUGCAUCCCCAAAGUGGAGCUGGUCCCUGCUGGGAAGCCCUUCUAUUGCCUGAGCUCCGAGGAUCUCCGCAACACCCACUGCUGCUAUACUGACUUCUGCAAUAAGAUCGACCUGAGGGUGCCCAGUGGUCACCUCAAGGAGUCUGAGCACCCUUCCGUGUGGGGCCCUGUGGAGCUGGUAGGCAUUAUCGCUGGCCCAGUGUUCCUCCUGUUUCUCAUCAUCAUCGUCGUUUUCCUUGUCAUUAACUACCAUCAGCGUGUCUAUCACAACCGCCAGAGACUGGACAUGGAAGAUCCCUCGUGCGAGAUGUGCCUGUCCAAAGACAAGACGCUGCAGGACCUUGUCUACGAUCUCUCGACAUCAGGGUCUGGCUCAGGGUUGCCCCUUUUUGUCCAGCGCACGGUGGCCCGAACCAUCGUUUUGCAGGAGAUUAUUGGCAAGGGCCGGUUUGGGGAAGUGUGGCGUGGCCGUUGGAGGGGUGGUGACGUGGCUGUGAAGAUUUUCUCUUCUCGUGAAGAACGGUCUUGGUUUCGGGAAGCAGAGAUAUACCAGACAGUCAUGCUGCGCCACGAAAACAUCCUUGGAUUUAUUGCUGCUGACAAUAAAGAUAAUGGCACCUGGACACAGCUGUGGCUCGUCUCAGACUACCAUGAGCAUGGCUCCCUGUUUGAUUAUCUGAACCGAUACACAGUGACGAUCGAGGGGAUGAUUAAGCUGGCCUUGUCUGCGGCUAGCGGGCUGGCACACCUGCACAUGGAGAUUGUGGGUACCCAAGGGAAGCCUGGAAUUGCUCAUCGAGACUUAAAGUCAAAGAACAUCCUGGUGAAGAAGAAUGGCAUGUGCGCCAUUGCAGACCUGGGCCUGGCUGUCCGCCAUGACGCGGUCACGGACACCAUCGACAUCGCCCCAAAUCAGAGGGUGGGGACCAAACGAUACAUGGCCCCCGAAGUGCUCGACGAAACCAUUAACAUGAAGCAUUUCGACUCCUUCAAGUGUGCGGACAUCUAUGCCCUCGGGCUUGUGUACUGGGAGAUUGCUCGAAGAUGUAACUCCGGAGGAGUCCAUGAAGAAUAUCAGCUGCCAUAUUAUGACCUAGUGCCCUCUGACCCUUCCAUUGAAGAGAUGCGAAAGGUCGUAUGUGACCAGAAGCUACGUCCCAACAUCCCCAACUGGUGGCAGAGUUAUGAGGCGCUACGGGUGAUGGGGAAGAUGAUGCGAGAGUGUUGGUACGCCAACGGCGCGGCCCGCCUGACCGCUCUGCGCAUUAAGAAGACCCUCUCACAGCUCAGCGUGCAGGAAGAUGUGAAGAUCUAAGCCUCUCCCUCCCCUGCACGCAGCCCUGGGCAGCGGGAACUACACAGAGCUGCCGUGUUGAGCGUACGAUGGAGGCCUACCUCUCGUUUCUGCCCAGCCCUCUGCGGCCAGGAGCCCUGGCCCUAAAGAGGGACCGAGCCCGGGAGACUCCCUCACUCCCAUGUUGGGUUUGAGACACAGACACCUUUUAUAUUUACCUCCUAACGGCAUGGAGACUCUGAGAGCGAACGGUGUGGAGAACUCGAUGCCACGACUCGAACUGGCUGUGGUAGGAGGUCCCGCAAAACCCGGUGCAUCUGGAGGGCCGCCGGGGGCGGUGAUGGGCGGCCUGGGAGGACCCAGGAGACGCCGAGCAUCGCCAGUGCCCAGCGCCCAGCAGCACUGAGGGUUUUCCUCCAGGGACCAGCCCCAGCACUCCGAGGUGGUCCAGAGAUGCCGCAAGUACAGCCCCUCUCACAGGCAGCUCUGGGCCCCGGGCUCCCCUCCUCCCUCCCGCGGACAUCCGGAGGGACCUGUCUGUCCAGCCGUGUGUGUGCAUGUGCCGAGGUGCGUCCCCUGUUGUGCCUGGUCCGUGCCACGCCCUUACACGUGUGUGCGUGUGUGUGUGUCCGUGGGUGCGCACUUACCUGCUUGAGCUUUCUGUGCAUGUGCAGGUCGGGGGUGUGGCCGCCACGCCGUCUCUGCGUGCUGGUGCCUCUGUUCCCUCGUGAGCAGCGUCCGGUUUCCCUGGUGCCCCUCCCAGAGGUCUCGCUCCCGGCCUCUCCCCCCCGGAACCCCCAUGCCACAGGGGGGCUCCCUGCCCAGCAGGCUGCUCCGCCCGCCCCUGUGUCAACACCUCCAUUUCAGACUGUGGAACCAAAGCUGGCCCAGUUGUCCAUGUCAGGCGAGGCUUUGGGGUCCAAAUGUGAGGCAGGGGUGGGCGGGGAAAGAAUCUUGGCCGAAGUCUCGGGCGUGGCGGUCAGUGGCAGCCGUGGGAAACGAGCCAGCCCAGGGGCAUCGUCCUCACUGGCAUCAAGGAUGGGCCAAGGGAUUUGAAGCCCAGAUCCUGGGACUCAGAUGGGAAUGUCACAUCUGUCUUUCAUAUCCCAGAUUCUGGAAACAGCAGUGUAUAUUUUUGGUGGUGAUGGGUUUAGGGUGGGGAAGGGGGUCGGGGGUGGGAGGGAGGCAUCUGCUUGGGUCUUUUACUGGAUUAUCUGAUCACGGUGGAGGGAAGAUGUGAGACUUGCACCCACUUCAGGGGCCCUAUGAAGGGGAACAGCCCGAGCCAGAUCUGUUCUUUUAACCUGAGUAUAGUAUUUAAUGAUGUCUAGAAGCACGGUUGUGGGUGGUGGUUUGCUCCGCAUAUCUUAGGUAUAUAAUAACUUUGAAGCCAUAACUUUUAAACUGGAGUGGUUUGGUUUCCUUCCUUCCUUCCUUCCUUCCUCCCUUCUUUCCUCCCUCCCUCUCCCUCCCUUUCUUCCUCCCUCCCUCUCCCUCCCUUUCUUCCUCCCUUUCUUUCCCUCUUUUUCUUUUCUUUCUUUUUUCUUUUCUCUUUCUUUCUUUCUUUCUUCUUUUAUUGGAAGGGUCUGAAUUUUAACUUUUUUUAAUAUUGUUAAGUUUUUAUAAAAGGAAAAGCAUCUCUAUGUGAUGAUUACCUCUCAGUCUUUUUGUUUUUAAAGAAAUUCCUACAAAACAACCACAAAAAAAAAAAAAAAAAGCUCCGGUCCGACGCACAUAGCUCAGCCACACUGGAAGUAUUUGUCCUCGCACCUGAGCCCAUUCCCACUGAGCAGCGAGAGCGCCUCCCUCUUUGCCCUGGAGGUUAGUCUCUCUUGCAUUGUGCCCCCUCCCCCAGCCCCCAGUUCUGUGAGUGGUUUUUGCAUCAGGGCCCGAGCCUUUUGUGUUUGUGCAUCCUUCAGCCGGUCGCACCUUUUCCUCCAGGCCCUUCUCUGGCCGAAGUUUGCUGAGUGCCGGUGGUGCGCCGGGCACGUGCAGUGCCUACGUGAGCAAGACAGGCCUGCAUCCCCCUCUUGGAGCACUGAGGAGGGGCUGAUUCAAGUUAGUGGGUGCCUGUUUCAAGACCAGAUGUUUGUGUAGUUGGUUCUGAGAGCCUUUUGAGCCUGGAAUGACGGCUCUUAGAGAAGACCACCGAGGAGCGGGAUGCCUCCCCACCCCAAAGAGCCCGGCGGUGGGCAGCGAGACCCUCAAUCACUGCAUUCGUCCUGAGCCCCCCUCCUGCCCCCAGGGGAGGCAGAUGAUGGAUGCAGCCUGAGAGCCUGCCCGCCUCCAGCCCAGUGAUUCUCUGCCAAAGCUUGUGGAGGAGGGGCGAGCCUCUCCCUGCUCACAUGGGUCUCCCACACGCUCCUGGUCUUCCUAUUUAUUGUCCCGAUGUGUUGCUUCUUUCCUUGCAUUAAAGGAGAUCUUCGCCUCACCCUUUGGGCCAAUUUACUGGCUACUGACUCAUUUCCCUUGAAUACCAAUUGUGUCAUUAGGGGAACCUUCUUGCCCCACCCCUGCUGAUCCCUCCCGCCCUCCCCUGCCUGUCUGCCCCACAGCAGAACCUGGCAGGGUAGAGGCGGUGAUGGAACGUAGACUCCUGUGCCCCAGUCACAACCAGCCUCUGGGAUCUGCCAACACUCCUCGAUCCAGGGACUCCCGAGCCGCUAGCCUGGUCCCCCGGGGCCCCUUCUGGCCUCACCACACCUUGGGGAAGACUGAGCAGUUUUUUGGGAAGCUCCCACCCCCAUCCCCACCGCUCUUAACACCAAGAGUUAGCAGUUGGAGAGCUGGGGAGAAACUAAAGCCUGAAGCCGUGGUUUUUGGCCCCUGGGGCUAACCCUGAUCCAUAGGGCUACCUGCACCUCUGGAUUCUGGAUUCACAGACCAAGUCCAAGCCCGUUCUUACGUCGCCAUCAAGGCCCCCGAACGGCAUUCUCGGUACUUCUGUUUGUUUUUGUACAUUUUAUUAGAAAGGACUGUAAAAUAGCCACUCAGACACUUUACCUCUUCAGUAUGCAAAUGUAAAUAAGCUGUAAUAUAGGAAAUCUUUGGUUUUAAUAUAAGAAUGAGCCUGUCCAAUUUCUGCUGUACAUUAUUAAAGUUUUAUUCACAGAGCUUUUCUGG